UUAUUUUUAUUUUCCAGUGAUAAAAUUAUUUUCUCCUAUCUGUAGUUUUCCAUUUUACUUGCUCCUGCAGUUUCAGAAGGAGCUCCGCAUGCAUUUAGUCAUUCAGCCCACUCCUCUCAUCCCUACAUAUGCUCCUCCCUCUCCCUCCUCUUACCCAAACCUCAGCACUGGAAGUGUGGAGAUUUAAAGCAAACUUUCUCAGGAGCUCCUUCAAUCAAAAAUCACAACAACCCAUCACACCUGAGAUACAGGUCAACUUCAAACGGACUAAACUGCCUCUUUACAACAGAAAAACAAUGCCAUCGAGAUGCUCCACAGUGCUGAAGGUUAUUGGCACCACCAUCUUUGCCUUGGCUGUCCUGCUGGGAAUCCUGGCGGCCUACAUCACCGGCUACCAGUUCAUCUACACAGAGCAGCACUACCUCUCCUUUGGACUGUAUGGGGCCAUCUUGGCCCUCCACCUCUUCUUCCAGAGCCUCUUUGCUUUCCUGGAGCACCAGCAGAUGAGGAAGGAGACCAAGAAAGAAAUCCUGAGCAAGACGGUGGCCCUGUGCAUCGCUGCCUUCCAGGAAGACCCAGACUACCUGAAGAAAUGCCUGCGGUCCAUCAAGAGGAUCGCCUUCCCGAACCUCAAGGUGGUCAUGGUGGUGGAUGGAAACAACCCCGAUGACAUGUACAUGAUGGAGAUCUUUAACGAGGUCAUGGGAUCUGAGCUGACAGGCACCUGCGUGUGGAAGGGUAACUACCAUGUGGCCCCCGAGGGAGAAAAGGACUACACCCUGGAGGAGGGCUCCAGGAGGAUGAGUGAGAUCGUGAGGAACUGCAGGUACUCCUGCAUCAUGCAGCAGUGGGGCGGAAAAAGAGAGGUCAUGUACACGGCCUUCAAAGCGCUUGGAGACUCAGUGGAUUAUAUACAGGUGUGUGACUCGGACACUGUCCUGGAUCCUGCUUGUACCAUAGAACUGCUGAAAAUCAUUGAGCAGGAUCCCAAAGUUGGAGGAGCUGGAGGAGAUGUGCAGAUCCUGAACAAGUAUGAUUCGUGGAUCUCCUUCCUGAGCAGUGUGCGUUACUGGAUGGCCUUCAAUGUGGAGAGGGCUUGCCAAUCCUACUUCGGCUGCGUCCAGUGCAUCAGCGGGCCCCUGGGCAUGUACCGCAACUCCCUCCUGCAGCAGUUCCUGGAGGACUGGUACAACCAGACCUUCCUGGGCAGCAAAUGCAGCUUUGGGGACGACCGCCAUCUCACCAACCGGGUCCUGAGCCUGGGCUACAAGACCAAAUUCACUGCUAGGUCCAUGUGCCAGACCGAGACGCCUACCAAGUACCUCAGGUGGCUCAACCAGCAGACGCGCUGGAGUAAGUCCUACUUCCGCGAGUGGCUCUACAAUGCCCUGUGGUUCCACAAGCACAACCUGUGGAUGACUUACGAGUCCGUGGUGACCGGCUUCUUCCCCUUUUUCCUGAUCGCCACCGUGAUCCACCUCUUCUACCGGGGCCGCAUCUGGAACAUCCUGCUCUUCUUUCUCAUGGUGCAGCUGGUGGGCAUGGUCAAAGCCACCUAUGCCUGCUUCCUUCGGGGGAACGUGGUCAUGAUCUUCAUGUCUCUUUAUUCGCUCCUCUACAUGUCCAGCCUACUCCCGGCCAAGAUGUUCGCCAUAGCCACCAUCAACAAAGCUGGCUGGGGCACCUCCGGCCGGAACAAGAUUGUGGUCAACUUCAUCGGCCUCAUCCCUGUUACUGUGUGGUUUGCCAUCCUGCUGGGAGGGAUCUCCUACACCAUCUACUGCGAGACUCAGGACCCUUUCAGUAAGACCGAGAUAGCCUUCCUGAUCGCUGGGGCCAUCACUUACGCCAGCUACUGGAUCAUACUCCUCGUCCUCUACUUGGCCAUUGUGGCCAAACGGUCCAGCAAGAGAGAGAAGCAGUACAACCUGGCGUACGCUGAGGCCUAAACACUCUGGUGCUACAUCUAUAUCAACCUUAACUGGGCAAUGCAGUAAACUAUUUUCAGUCUUAAAGCACAUAUUAGAGGUAAAAUCUGGCUCUAACUCACUUAAAGACCACAGCACUUACAUUGACAGAAAAGUUGCGUGGUUACUGUAUGCUGCACAGGUACUAAGAUUGAGUGGGGAAAACAGGUAGAUUUCCAGCAGCGCCAACUUAUUUCCUACCUAUUGCUAUUGGAUGCAAUAUAUUCAAUUAAGACUGAUAGAGGUAAUGAAGAACACCGAACGCAGGAGUAUCAAAGUGUUGGGCUCAUUUAUUCCUAAAUCUUAAUCAGGUAUUAAAAUAGGUCGAUUUUAAUGCCUAUGUUGCCUUACAUUUAUUCAAAGCAAGGUGUCUUGCCUAUUUCUAAAAUUGAUUGUCUUUACGGUAUAUCCCUGAUACAGGGAUUUUUUGGAGGCAAAAUUACAAGUAUGUUCAUCAUACUUACAUUUUUAGAUGCAUCUAAAGAUCACCUAAGGCGUGGUGAAACUUAGCAUGGCUAUUUGUUAGCAGUAAUGAUCAUUAGUUCCUAAGAGUAUGAGAUGUCGACCAACUUAUUAAUGGAUUCUGGCUUGUGAUUGGUUGAGCUGAAGACUAUGAAAAACUCAAUAUCUUUGAAUGGACACAACAAACAUACAUUUUACUUAAACAAAUACAGCUGUAACAAUCAUACAUUCCGUAGACAAAUGUCUAAGGCCAAGCAGAUAAACGUUUCAGCUGAUUGUUUUCUUGUAAAUUUGACCACAGCCCAGAAUUUUUCCUGGUUCGUUUUUUUUUUUUUUUUUUUUUUUUUACAGAGCGAUUUUGUGUACCUGUUCAGUGAACUAUAAAGGCAACUCAAAAUAAUCACACAUAACUAACUACACAAUCUAAGCAUACAAAUGAAUUCAUGAUAUGUAUUGUAUACUUUAAAAUAUUUUACUAUGAAAUUAUCAUUUUCAGUGCACAACAAAACUGUUGUUCUUCAGGAAGAUCAGGAUUUCAAAUCCAGUCCACAUUUGGUGCCAAUAACAGAGUGCAGGGCAAUAAUUUGUGACAUAUAAGGCCACGAUACAAUAUGCGAUUUCCGUGUGAUGCAAUCAGACUGCAGGCAUGGAUCGCAUCACUAUUGCACCCUGCGAUCAGCUGCAUUCAGUCGCAAGCUAUCGAGCGGGGCUUUUGCAAUCGGAUGCGAUCGCUCUGGACAAGUAUCCAAUCAGUGAGCAAGUUCGAGUCAUGUGACAACGUAAUGGACAGUGACAGGUAAGCCCUUGAACUUGACAGAAAAGACCUAGCUGCAGAGGCAAUUUCCCGAUGCCUGCAUACUGUACCUACACAUGAAACUGCCAAUUGGUAAAAGCUGUACAUUUAUAAGUAUUCUGUCAAUGUACACGUUUAUAAACACCAAGUCAACUUAAAAAAUAACGAAAGGGGAAAUAAAAAUAAAAAAAUACCAACUGAUCAAAAAAAAAAAAAAACACAUACACACACAACUUCACCUGGAGCGAUCGGCCACUGCUGUUUGAAAUCGCUUGCAUGCAAUUGCGUGCAAUCAAUCACAUGCGGUCACAUCGCACAGCAAUCGCAUAGUGUAUUGUGGCAUUAAGGUAUCUCAACUGCCCAUGCAUCAACAUUACCAGCUAUGGUCCCAGCAGACUCACACUGGUGAAUCCUUUUAAUAAUAAAACAAUAUUGUAUUUAAAGAUUUCAUAGAAAAUAUGAUGAGUUUUUGAUGUUUUUGUACUCUGAAUUUUUCUAUUUAUUUCUUUAAACAAAACUGCUGAUGUUUUAUAAUUUGAGUACCUCAGUCAUUGAGCCUUUAUUAACAACUUGAAAUGCACUGAAAGCAAGACAUUUUAUGUUUGUUUUUUUAAUUUAAUUUUGUAAUUUAAAUACUUUGUUUAAGAGUUACAACCAAAGACAAUAAUUUCCAAGUGUUGAGAACCUAUACAAAAGAAGGAGACAACAUUUGGCUUGUAGGGAUUGAUUUGUUUUUAGCCACAUUGUCUGAAUUUGCUGCAUACCUUUAUUAAAUUUCCAUUUAGGUGAAGGACAAGCAAAAUAUUUGCAAUGUCAAAAAGUGUGUGUGCUCUGUUAACCUAAAAGAGCAAUCUGAAUUGCACCGUGACAAGUGUAAAGCAGUUUAAUGCACUGUGCAUUAGUCAGUCUGCUGAAUGAUGCUCAUAUGCUGCUACUUGAAAUGUGAUUCGGGUUACCAUUUGGCUACAGGUGCUCCGGUACAGUUUGGGUCAGUUAUGUUUUUUUUACCAGCAACCCAAUGCACUGAGGUACCGUUUUCAGGACUACAUGUACCAGAACAUUGCAGGCAAGUUAAAAAACAGGAACUGUCCAAAAUUGUCACAGUAACCAGAGCCACUAUGGUCACCUAAAUGUGUUUAGUAACAUUAGGUAUGCCAAGGUUAGUGCUAAUCGGGGACUGUGAAACCAGAAAUUAGUGUCUUUGGGGAGAAUCAAUUUUAAUAAUCUCAACAAGACCUAAAUACAGCCAACCCUAAACUCUAUAUUAAUCCUGCUGUCUUUUCAAUACUAAAUAACUAAAUCAAAUAUAAACAGUGGGAAGAGGUCUGCAUGUCCGGUAUUUAGAUUAAUUACGGUUUAUAUUAAUAAUAAAGACCCUUGUGUCGUUUUAGUUUAAAACCAAACAGCUAUGCAGCUAGCUGCAUGUCUGGAUAAAUAUAUUUUUUUAUUUUGUAAAUUAUCAACGUAUAUGUACUUUACACACAUUAUUAUUAUAAUUUUAAAUUGGGGAUUGUGGCAGGUUUGAUAGUAGUGCUUUAGAAAAUAGUUCAGUGGAAUGGCGCUGAAAGCAUAAUUGCUGCUGAGUCCAGUCUUUUAGGUGCAGCAUUUCUUUAGAGUUAUUUUUCAUUUUCUAUAGCAGAGCUCCUGUUACAUUUCCACAGCACUGCCAACUGGAAACCUGCGGCUACUGCAUUCAACUGGCUGCUAUGUAUUAUUACAUUUUGCUUACAUUUGAACCAACUACUGCCAUCUAGUGUUUGGUGAAGUGCCACAAGGAAUACUCGUUAGUACAAUUAUGUAGAAAUAUUGUUAAUUUCAAUGCCAGUUUUGUGACUGGCAUUGAUGACAAUCUGUUGGGUUGCUGAAAUGUCUCAUUUAGAGAGAAGGAUCUACUUGUUUAAAGCGCCGCAGCCUUCCUUCCUUUCUUGUUCAUACAAGUAGUUAAGUCUUUCCUUAUACCAGUUUAAUAUCUUCCAGGACAUGUCAGGUGUGUUUUUUUUUUUUUUUUUUAAAACUGUCCCCUUACAUUUUCAUAAUGUUCCAAUUAUUCUUCAGUUAUUUUUGUAUAAGUCUGUGUUAAGGUGCUUUGACUAUUAGAUCAGGCACUGCUCUUCAGAUCUAGUUUCUGAUCACACACAUGUAACGUCAGCUCGAUCAGCCAGUCUCAUACAGGGGUGGUCAAAAUUGGCACUCAGACCCUAAAUUAGUUAAUCAUCCCAUUUUACCUGUUAAACCUGGAGCCAUUUCGUGCACAGCAGUGAAUUACCAAAACAAAAAUAAACUUGUUUCCAAAGUGGCAUAUCAUUAGAUGAUACUGGCUCUCAGUACUAUAGACACUUCAUCUAACCUAGGUUUGUUUGUUUAUAUAUAUAUAUCACCUGUGCCAGGCUACAGGGCCCUGUGGUGGCAACAUUUUCAUUCUCUACAGUGAAUUGCAAUGACUUUAACCACCCCUGUAUCUUAUCAUACAUUACCACAGUUAAAAUAAAAAGGUUUACAAUGCUUUUAAACUGGGUUUGAUUUCCUUUGGUUGGGGAAAAGACAUUACUGUAACGCAGCAGUUACAUUUAAGCAAGGUUUACAUAAGGUUAAAAAAAAAAUUAAUAUAUUAUUCUAUUAUGUAUUUUUUUUUUUAAGCUGUAUAUUUAAUACCA